CGUGCAUCAUCUCUCGGUUACUUUCUACUUGACUCUAAUAUGUGGGUUUAGAUAUUGUCUCUCUGCUAGACGGAUCGCGGGUGUUGAUUAUACUUUGUAGUUGUUGUUAAAGGGUUGGCUAUUACAUAUAAAAACAAAUACCGCGCACACCAGACUACCUUUGAAUUCCGCAGACACUUUCAAACUUAUAUCCUCAUCUUUUAUUUUUCAAUUAAAACCACAUUCAAAAUGCACUUCAACCUUGCCCUUACUUCCACCGUUGCCACGGCCUUGACCUCGUGCGUCGCUGCGCUGCCCAAUGCUGGCAAGCUCGUCGUUGGUGAUGCCAUUGAAGGCUACGGCGUCGAGAAGAUCCAGUGGGAGUUUGACGGACCUGAUGGCAGCAAGAUCCAUGUCAAUGGUACCAUGGAGCAGGUUGUUCACCACAUGCGCAUCAACUACCCUAGCCACAACAUCUUCCACACGCAGGAGGAGAUGAAGGCCCUGCACGCCCGCGGCGAGCUUGCAGCGCGCACUGACUUCCACGGCGCCCCUUUCAACUGCAACUGGCCCAAGUGCUGGGAUGUCGGUAUCAUCCAAGGCAUUCAGUACUUGCGCGGCCUGAAGGGCCGUCCUUCCAACGGUCCUGGUCCUGGCAACUGUGGCCGUGUUAGCUGCUCGUAUGACAAUGCCAUUUGGUGGUGCAAUGACACCAAGCAAACCAAGACACUUCAGUCGUUCAGUUCUAUUGCGGAUGGUGCUCAGUUUAUUGAGUCUCACUGUGUCAGCAACAACGGCGCGUUGGCUGGCCAAGUCUUUCACCCUACCGGCUGGAACGUCAUUGUCCGUUCCAGCAAGUGUUAG